CCCCACCAUGCCAUCAAGCUAUUGCACCUACUACCAUUAAGACGAAUUAUGCAGUGAAACAGGAACGUAUAUCAUUUCCACUUCUAAUUUCUCUCUCCUAUCAUGCCUCGAGAGGCCGAGCCUUCACUCAAUGAGCGCGCAUUCGUAGUGCAGGCACUACAAGAUGGCUUGCGUGUCGACGGCCGCGCCUUCGAUCAAUACCGAAAGCUCGAGCUCAAGUUUGGUGAUCAAUAUGGAGUCGCAGAUGUCACUCUAGGGAAGACAAGGAUACUCGCGAAAGUAUCAGCCGAAGUCACAACGCCUUACACUGAUCGGCCGUUUGAUGGCAUAUUCACCAUCACAACCGAACUUAGUCCAAUGGCAUCGCCUGCCUUCGAAGUUAAUAGACCCACAGAAACCGAAAUCCUACUAUCGAGAUUACUAGAGAAAACAGUGCGCCGAUCAAAUGCUCUCGAUACCGAAUCAUUAUGCCUCGUUGCGGGUAAAAAAUGUUGGUCUAUAAGGGUAGAUUUACAUGUCCUCUCGCAUGAUGGCAACUUAAUCGAUGGAUCUUGUUUUGCUGUCGUAGCAGCAUUGCGCCACUUCAGAAAGCCAGAUACCAGCAUAGAGGGAGAGAUAUUGACUGUAUACACACCCGCGGAAAGAGAGCCGGUUCCGUUAAGUUGGCUACAUUCGCCAUUCUGUGUCACAUUCAGCUUCUAUGGAGAAGGAGAGAUUGCAUUACUAGAUACAACUCUCCUGGAGGAACAGUUAAGGGUCUCUAGCUGUACCAUCAGCCUUAACAAACACGGAGAAAUCUGCCAAAUUGCGAAAUUGGGUGGCACACCUGUAGACGCGGCUGCACUGCUUCAAUGUGCAAGCGUUGCUCUUACCAAGGUCAAGGAGUUCUCCACGUUAUUGGAUCAGAAACUAGCCGAUGACUCCAAGCGGAGGAAUAAGGGCGGGCUCUUAGCAGAGCUAUCCGCGGAGAACGAAAGAUAGCAGAUGAAAACUGCUGUUCAUAGAUGACCAAAAAAUGAUAAGAUACCCAUGCUCAAGAGGCCAGCCCUCCAAAUGAUCUCGAACUCGAACUCGAACUCGAACUUAAACU